AAUUGACAUCGAUCGACGAAUCAUUUCUCACUGGGAUAGCACCAGCGUUCAGUUCGCGGCAGUGGAAACGUUUCGCUAAAAAUCUGACUAGGGUGCCUAUCAUGAAAAUAUUCGGAAUGGAUUCCGAUCGGAAACAAUUUCGAACAUUUCUAUGAUAAGUAGGCACUGAUCUGCUUUAAAAUGAAUUAGUGUAUAAACAGGGACGUAUCAGUUUAAUCCGCUUUAUGUGCGUGCCAUCUAAUUUAACGAUGUAAACUGUAUCACUGAUCUUUUCGUACUAUUCUGUCUAUUUUUUGGAAUUCCAAAAUAUUCGAAUUAUUCUUGGGCGCAAAAAAUCGCCUCCUUUUUAACAUUGUUUUUCGAAGUAAUCAUCAUUACUGUAUGUACUUUCGUAUUUUUAUUAUAGGUCGCUGUUCGUAUUCGACCUUUGGCUCCGAAUGAAAGCGGUACCAGAUCUUUGCAUGCUAUUAACGAGAAGAUGGUAAUGCUGGAGGAUCAGGAUGGUGAUAAGCAAAAACGCGCAGUGCCGCGACAAUAUCUCUACGAUAUGGUUUUUGGAGAGGCUUCGACACAAGUGGAGGUCUAUGAAGGUACAACCAAAAAUUUAGUACAGGAUGUUCUCAAUGGUUACAAUGCGACCGUGUUCGCGUAUGGCGCAACAGGCUCAGGAAAAACACAUACGAUGGUUGGAACAUCGUCAAAUCCCGGAAUUAUGGUUCGUGCCCUAAACGACAUUUUCCUAGCGGCUAAAAAAUUACGAGACAACAUGGAAUUUACU